AUGACAGAAAACCAGGAAAGACUACCUCCGAUCUCAGCUUUACUUUUGCAUCAGUCGACACUAACAUUAUCAUCCACGACAUCUCCAUCAUAUCAUAACAUAACCACAAAUAACACCAGCACUAUAAAUAGUAAUUUAAAAAUUUUUAAUAAGAAUGGAACUAUAACAUUACCUUUACCAGGUAACAAUACUAGUAAGAAUACUUCUAUAUUAGACACAGCUGAUACUGUGUGUUAUAAUAACAAAUAUGGCUUGGUAUCAGGCACUCCUUUGAGUACUACUAAUACUGCUAUUAAUAAUAAUAAUAAUAAUAAUAAUAAUUACUAUCAUCCUCAUAAUCACAAAAAUUAUUAUCCUGAAACACCUUUGAAGAAUAAAAUUAAUAACACUUUAAGUAUAGAUAUUGCUAGCAUAAAUAAACUUAAUGUGUUACAAGAUACUCUUAGUGCUGGGUUCAAUAAAGAAAAUAAUAAUAGCAGGACUACAUUUACCACAAAUAAAUUAGAAUUUCAGCUACAUAAUGACAAUAAUGCAACUGUCCAUCAUAAAAACUCUCCUACUACUAAUAUGUUGAAUAUUCAUAAAAAAAGAUCAAUAUCUAAUGUUACUUCUUCUAUAAUUUCCGAGUCUCCAGCGUAUGAAAGGAAAUUCGUUACCUCCUUUGUUCCAGCAGAAGCAACGACGAUAACAACAAAAACAGCAUCAGCAUCAGCAUCAUCAUCAUCAUCAUCUGCAUCCACCCCUAACUCUUCUUCCUCUUCAAAAACAGUUCAAACUUUUGCAUUUAUUUCUCAUUCGCAAGACACUUUCCCAUCUGAUGAACCUUCUAUUGAUAAUGCACAGUUAGCUAGGAGAAAAAGAAGGAGAACUUCCAAACAAGAAUUAAGUAUUUUAGAAACAGAAUUUAAUAAUAAUCCCACUCCAACUAAGGACAAAAGACAUGAAAUAGCCUUGAAAUGUAAUAUGUCCGAGCAGAGUGUACAAAUUUGGUUCCAAAAUAAAAGACAAAAUGUGAAAAAGAGGAAAUUAAAGCUAAAAAAGCAAGAUGCAUUUAUCACUAGUAAUAGCAACAAUAGUAAAAAAAAGAGAAGUAUAAUAAUUCUAAAGAAUAAUCACAAAAAUAUUGCCUCUUCUUUCCAAAACAUCAAUGGAAACAUAAAUAAGGAUAAUGAAACAUGCUCCGAAGGGUCCUCUACUCAUACUUCUCCAAUAGGAACCCCCAAAAUAUUAGGCGUUGAAACUACAAAGAACGGUAUUGUUAACAAUAACAGUCAUAUUUCGGAUAUAACCACUGGUUCAUUGUAUACAAGCUUUUCUGUCAAUAGUAACAUUUCUCCUUUGUUAAAUACGCCAUUGAAAUAUGAUACUAAAGUAUUAUCUUUUAUUAAUGAAAGCAGUGCUACUACUCCCUCUAUUAAUUCUUCAACCACUGCUGUUGUCAACAAAAAUUCUAUAAAUCAAUAA